UAUUGAAUGAUUUCUGAAACUAUUUUAGAAAAACUUAAACCCAGCAAUUCCCAUAUAGUCAAACCAACAGAAAGAACUCUAACAAAAUUAACUAAAAGCUAAAAUAGUUUAAAGAGAAAUGAUAAAGAUGAAAAAAGCUCAGAUGAUAUAGUAAAAUUUAAGGAAACUUUAUUAUCAAUAAAUACAUCUUAGAAAUCAGAAAUUAAUUCAAGUAGAGAACCUAAAUAUGGCAAAAGAGUCUUAUUAAAAUCACUAAAAGGAGGUCCUUUGAUUCCAUUAACAAAAAAUGGAACAAGUAGACAUGAAACACCUCCUUUAAUUAGCUAAUCCUUACCUUAGCUUAAAUUAAAAACAUUAGGAAAUCUUUAACAAAGAUAUACUUCAAAUUUAACAGAGAAAAACCAAAAUCUGUCUAAAUCAUUACUCAAUAACCCAUAAAUGAUACUAGAAACAGAAUAAUCUCUUUAGUCAGAAAAUAGAUCACUUCUUUAGAAAAAAGAGCAAUAACAAGUUGUUUAGACGAAAUAGCCAUUAGAAAAUAAAAAUGAAGAAUGUAUUGAUAAGCAAGAAUAAUAAUGUGAAAUAUCUUAAAAUAAAACUAAAGUGAUUUAAGGAAUUUAAGAAGAAUAGAAUGAAGAAGAAUAAUAAUCAUAAAAUAUAAGCGAAUAAGAACAUAUUUAAUGUUUAGUAGAAUAACAUCUAUCGGAAUAAGAAGAAUUUGUAAAACAUUUAGCAGGUAAUUAUAUAUUGAAAAAUUAUUAGGAAAAUGUAUAUGUGUCUAAUGUCCAUGUGGUCGAUGCAAAUGUAAAUUUUAAUAUAAACCAUUUGCUACGAAUUUAUGUUGGAAUUCAAAUUACAGAUCAAGUUAUAAAGAAAAUCCAAUAAAAGAACAAGAUCUUAAGGUUGAUUUAGAAUAAUUCAAAAAGUUCAAAUCAGUUGAAUCAUGUGAAUAUAAAACUACUAUGGGAUCUGAUUUUAAAUCUUAUUAAAUCAAUCCUCCAGAAUAAAAAGUAACUAAAUAAUAUAAACCAUCACUUGGUACAACACCAAUGACAUCAUAUAAGGUAUGAUAUAUUUAAAUUAAGAAUUUCUAUAUGAACUAUGGUGACCUUCAUUAUGAAUAAUUUAAAUAAAGUCAUUAUAAAACAGUUAUACCAGAAUUACCUUUUAAUCCAAAUACAACAUAUAAAUAGAGUUUUAAAAUAUAGUAAUUAUAAGAUAAUGCUGUAAUUAUUUAUUUAGAAUAUUAGUACACAAAACCUCCCAAUGGCAAACCAUUUCCAACAAUUGAUUUAUUUUUAGGAUAAUCAUAAAAUAAAUAAUCCUAUUAACCUAAAUAAGUUGAUAAAAUAAAAGCUAUUGAUUAACAAGGUGAAAUAAUGUAAGUUCCAGCUUAUUAAGGAUAAUACACUAGCGUAACUCAUAAUGAUUUUGUAAAAAAAGAAAUCUUAUGUGAAAAAUAUAAAUGA